AUGCCACGAUUAGAAGAAUCAGAAAUCAAGAAAUACUGGCAAAUUUUCCAAGGUUUAAAACCAGUCGAUAAUAAAUUAACAGGAGAUAAAGUGUCUCCAGUAUUGAAAAAUUCCCGUUUACCAGAAUCUCAAUUAUCUUCAAUUUGGGAAUUAAGUGAUAUUGAUAAUGAUGGGAAAUUAGAUUUUGAAGAAUUUUGUAUUGUUAUGAGAUUAAUUUUUGAUUUGAUAAAUGGAAAUUUCAAAGAAGUUCCUACUAGUUUACCAUCUUGGUUAAUUCCAUCUUCUAAACAUGCAUUGAUUCAAGCAAAUCAAGCUGUCAAUCAAGGAAAUAACAAUUUUGGAUCACAAGAGCUAGACGAAUUGGAUGAAGAUGGUUUAAGAAAUGAUUUUGAUUGGUAUAUUUCACCUACUGAUAAAUCAACUUAUGAAAAAAUAUAUGAUUCAAAUAGUGAUUCUUUAGGAAGAAUUAGAUUCAAUUCAUUAAAUGGAUUAUAUGACAGCUUAAAGAAUGUGCCAAGAGAAGAAAUUUCGUCCGCUUGGAACUUGGUCAAUCCUAAAUCUUUUGAAACUAUAGAUAAAGAUCAAACUUUGGUAUUUUUACAUAUUUUAAAUCAAAGAGAAAAUGGUAAAAGAAUUCCAAGAGGUGUGCCUGCAAGUUUAAGAGCUACUUUUUCUAAAGAAGUACCAAAUUAUGAUUUAAAUGCUCAAGCAAAACCACAACUGUCAACUUCUUCACAAGCAGGUAAGCGAUCAUUUGCUGAAGAUUAUCUUUCUAAAAUUGGUGGUUCUUCAACUAGAAAUGAAAGAGGUACAGAUUUUUCAGCCACCGAAGGUACGGACUGGGAAGAAGUUAGAUUAAGAAGAGAAUUGCAUGAUUUGGAAGAUUUAUUGGAUAAAGUAAGCAAUGGAUCUAGGGCAAAUGAAAAGGAGAAGGAAGAAAGAAUGUUGGUAAAAUAUGAAUUUGAACAAUUGUUGAAAUAUAAACAAGAACAAUUGAAAAAUGGAUCUAACAAAGUUGAUUUGACUCUGGUUAAACGAGAUGUUGAAGAUAUUCAAACUCAAGUUUCUACAUUAGAAGAUUUCUUGAAUACUCGAAAUCAAGAAUUGGCUAAAUUGAAUCAACAAAUUGAUGCAUUAAAAUAA